AUGGCGCACCAGACGGACGUCCAGUCCCCAGCGUCGAAAAAGCUCGAGUCGAAGCUCAAGAAGGCGAAGCAUUCUACAGACAAGGACAGUGCAGACGCAGAGCAGGCGUCUACUCCCAGCGAGAAAGACACCAAGUCCGAGAAGAAGGACAAGAAAAAGCGCAAGAAGUCCUCCGAAGAUGCGGCAACCGAGACAGACGGCGAAUUGAAGAAAAAGAAGAAGCGCCGCCAUACUGAAGACGACAACGACGAGAAGGUCAAAGAUGACGAAUCGCACAAGAAAAAGAAGAAGCGUGUCUCGUUUGGCCCCGGAACUAAAGAAAACGACGGCGACUCCGAUAGCGACUCGGACGAUGCCGACAACAACGAUGCUUCCGCUACCGACGGAGCCGACGCAGACACCGAAGAUACCGUUGACAAGGCCCUCGAAGAGAUGAAGAAGCGCAAGCGCGAGAAGAAAAAGCAGAGGAAAGCCGGCACCGUCUCGGCCGAGGCACCAGUCCACGAGACGCCUAUUCUCUCAUACCUGAGCCACUACCACCGAGCGCGCGCGACUUGGAAGUUCCAAAAGAACAAGGAAACCAACUUGUUCAAGCACCUGUAUUCCCUCGAACAUGUCCCCACUCAGUUCAACACAUCCCUGCUGGCGUACAUGCAGGGCCUGAAGGGUGAUGCGGCCAAGGAACGCAUGAGCGAUGCCGCGAGGGACGUGAUCAAGGCCGAUAUGGAUCUCGACAAGCCAAAGGAUGAAGAAGAAGCAGAGAGCCAGGCGCCUACAAACCCCGACUACUUGGAAGCCGUCAAUGCGUUCCGCGAGUGCUUGCCUAAGGGAGAUGAGGACAUGGACAGCGUCAACUUUGGAGAGAAGCUAGAGGGAGAUGCGCAAAAGCGCUUGCCCAAGAGGCAGCGAGCAGAGCUGGUCUUUUUCGCUGUUGCCGGCAAGCUUUUCAGCCCCGAGGAUGCGAAGCCCAAGCGCAAACCAAGAGCUCCUGAGCCUGCAGUGCCCAAGAAGCGCAAGAACAGAACCAUGGUUGUUGAUAUUAGCAGCAGCAGUGAGGACAGUGAUGAUGAUGUCCCAGCUCCGAAGAAGGCGCCCAGCAAACCUGCACCGGAUAGCAGUGAUGACGAGACCUCCUCAAGUGGUAGUAGCAGUGACAGUAGCAGUGAUAGUGACAGCGACAGCGAUGGCAACGCUGCUCCGGCUAAGGCUUCAACUCCGGCUAAGGCUUCAACUCCAGCUAAGGCUUCAACUCCGGCUAAAUCACCUGCCCCUGCAUUGUCGAAGAAGGAGGCCAAGGCUGCCCAGAGGAAGCAGAAGUUCGUACCAAUCCGCGAAGCAAAGCCCAAGCCUACUGUGCCGAAAAAGACACAGAAGCGCAAGCUCAGAACUGCUCAGAUCGAAAUCUCAAGCAGCGAAAGCGACAGCGAUUAG